GCGCCGCAGCGUGGUGGCGGGCACGCGCCGCCGAGAAGAUGUCUCCGAUGCCGCCGCUCUUCAGUUUGCCCGAAGCGCGGACGCGGUUUACGAAGUCUACCAGAGAGGCCCUGAACAACAAAAAUAUCAAGCCAUUGUUGAGUACCUUCAGCCAAUUACCUGGCAGUGAAAAUGAAAAAAAAUGUACCCUUGAUCAAGCUUUCAGAGGUGUUCUAGAAGAAGAAAUUAUAAAUCACUCAUCAUGUGAAAACGUUUUAGCUAUUAUUUCUCUUGCUAUUGGGGGCGUAACUGAAGGUAAGUACAGUGUUGUUUUUCUAAAAUGGAAGUUGUUUGGUGGAAUUGCUUUGAAAAUCUUUUUUUUCUUCUUCUAUUUAAUAGGUCUUAACUUGCAGAGUCAAUUUAAUCUGGAAAACGUCACUGUUUUCAAUACCAAUGAGCAGGAAAGCACCCUGGGUCAGAAGCACACUGAGGAUAGAGAAGAAGGAAUGGAUGUAGAAGAAGGUGAAAUGGGAGAUGAUGAAGCUCCAACAACUUGCUCCAUUCCGAUUGAUUACAACCUGUAUCGAAAAUUCUGGUCACUUCAGGAUUACUUCAGGAACCCUGUGCAAUGCUAUGAGAAGAUUUCAUGGAAAACUUUUCUUAAGUAUUCUGAAGAAGUUCUAGCUGUUUUUAAGAGUUAUAAAUUAGAUGACACUCAGGCCUCCAGGAAAAAGAUGGAAGAAUUAAAAACAGGAGGAGAACAUGUAUAUUUUGCAAAAUUUUUAACAAGUGAAAAGUUGAUGGAUUUACAACUGAGUGACAGUAACUUUCGUCGACACAUCUUGUUGCAGUAUCUCAUUUUAUUCCAGUAUCUUAAGGGGCAGGUCAAAUUCAAAAGUUCAAACUAUGUUUUAACUGAUGAGCAAUCACUCUGGAUUGAAGAUACUACAAAAUCAGUUUAUCAACUACUAUCUGAAAACCCCCCCGAUGGAGAAAGAUUUUCAAAGAUGGUAGAGCAUAUAUUAAACACUGAAGAAAACUGGAACUCAUGGAAAAAUGAAGGCUGCCCAAGUUUUGUGAAAGAAAGAACAUCAGACACCAAGCCGACAAGAGUGGCUCGCAAGAGAACAGCACCAGAGGACUUCCUAGGGAAAGGACCCAACAAAAAAAUUCUAAUGGGAAAUGAGGAGUUAACAAGGCUUUGGAAUCUCUGUCCUGAUAAUAUGGAAGCUUGCAAAUCAGAGACAAGGGAAUACAUGCCAACUUUGGAGGAAUUCUUUGAGGAAGCCAUUGAACAGGCAGACCCUGAAAACAUGGUUGAAAAUGAAUACAAGGCUGUGAACAAUUCAAAUUAUGGUUGGAGAGCCCUGAGACUGUUAGCACGGAGAAGCCCUCACUUCUUCCAGCCAACCAACCAGCAAUUUAAAAGUUUGCCAGAAUAUCUCGAAAACAUGGUAAUAAAGCUAGCAAAGGAAUUACCACCUCCUUCUGAAGAGAUAAAAACAGGUGAGGAUGAAGAUGAGGAAGAUAAUGAUGCUUUACUGAAGGAAAAUGAAAGCCCUGAUGUUCGCCGAGACAAACCUGUAACAGGGGAACAAAUAGAGGUGUUUGCCAGUAAACUGGGCGAGCAAUGGAAGAUCCUGGCUCCCUACUUGGAAAUGAAAGACUCGGAAAUUAGACAAAUUGAGUGUGAUAGCGAAGACAUGAAGAUGAGAGCUAAGCAGCUACUGGUCGCCUGGCAAGAUCAAGAGGGAGUACAUGCAACACCUGAGAAUCUGAUGAACGCACUGAAUAAGUCCGGAUUAAGUGACCUUGCAGAAAGUCUAACUAAUGACAAUGAGACAAAUAGUUAGCUUCUUUCUUUCUUUUCUUUUUUUUAUUAAAAUUGUGAUAAGAUUUUGUUACCAAGCAGCAUUUGAUAAGAGGUCCAAUGGUUUUGGUAAACAAUAAACAUUUUUAUAACAGUU